AUGCUGAAGAAGCGGGACCCGGCGGCGGCGGCCAAGGCCGCCGCCGAGCGCAGCGCGUCGGCCUCGGGCAAGCCGAACCCCUUCGGCGCCGCGCGGCCCCGCGAGGAGACGCUCAAGGCCAAGGGCGUCGACGUCAAGCUCAUGGACAAGAAGAUCGAGGCGAAGACGACGAGCACGACGCGCAUGACGCGCCAGCAGCGCGAGGAGGCCGACCAGCUCUCGCAGGCCGUCCGCGAGGCCGAGGACGCGCUCCGCGAGGCCAACGAGAACGAGAUGCCCGAGAACGCGCUCCGCGAGACCCUCGCGGCGAAGCGCAAGAUCCUCAACGACUUCAUGGAGCAGGUCGCCGCGGCCAACAUGCAGAAGGUCGGCGGCGCGCCGGGCAUGUGA